CAGCUAGGCACGUGAAGUCUGCCUCUCUUUUAAACCCACGACGAAACGCCAAUUCUCCCUUCGCACCCGCCGUCUUGGCUCCUCGGGCCCCGCAGUGCAGCGUCAACGAACACUCAGCCAAAUCGUUCCUCCCACCCCGCCAUCGCCAUGGGUGAGCCAGUCAAGACCCCCGUGGUCGCGGAGGCCCAUCUGGUCGACACCUACCAUCCCCCCCACAAGAUGCUUGAGAAGCAUCCAAGCAAACCUCAUCUGAAUGGCCUCGAAGAUUACCAGCGGCUGUACAAGGAGUCCAUCACCGAGCCGGAGAAGUUCUUUGCGAGAAAUGCUAGGGAGCUGUUAACUUGGCAGCGGGACUUCCAGACCGUCCGAACCGGGACUCUGACCGACGGGAAUGUUGCAUGGUUCGUUGAGGGCCAGCUCAAUGCCUCCUACAAUCUCGUCGACCGGCACGCCUUCAAGGACCCGAACAAGGUCGCCGUUAUCUACGAGGGCGACGAGCCUAACCAAGGCCGAAAUCUGACCUACGGCGAGCUCCUUCGCGAGGUAAGCCGGGUCGCCUAUGUCUUGAAGAAGAUGGGCGUCCGAAAGGGCGAUACCGUCGCGAUUUACCUACCCAUGAUUCCGGAGGCCAUUGUCGCUCUCCUGGCCAUUAGCCGUAUCGGCGCUAUCCACUCCGUCGUCUUCGCCGGCUUCUCCGCCGAUUCCCUGCGCGACCGUGUCAUCGAUGCUCAAUCCAAGGUCGUCAUCACCACGGACGAGGGGAAGCGAGGUGGCAAGUUGAUCGGCACCAAGAAGAUCGUGGACGACGCGCUCAAGCAAUGCCCCGAUGUCACCGGCGUGCUCGUCUUCAAGCGCACUGGCGCCGACAUCCCCUGGACGCCGGGUCGCGACCUGUGGUGGCACGAGGAGGUCGAGAAGUGGCCGACAUACAUUGCGCCCGAAGUCAUGAACUCCGAGGAUCCCCUCUUCCUGCUGUAUACCUCGGGCUCGACCGGGAAACCCAAGGGCGUUAUGCACACUACCGGCGGAUACCUGCUCGGCGCCGCGCUAACCGGUAAAUACGUGUUCGACAUUCACGACGGAGAUCGGUACUUCUGCGGCGGCGAUGUCGGCUGGAUUACCGGCCACACGUACGUCGUCUACGCGCCCCUUCUCCUAGGCAUAUCCACGGUGGUCUUUGAGGGCACUCCGGCCUACCCGAACUUUUCACGUUACUGGGAGAUCAUUGCGAAGCACGAGGUCACGCAGUUCUACGUGGCGCCGACGGCGUUACGGUUGUUGAAACGCGCCGGCGACGACUUCGUCAAUGCCGACAUGCCGAAGCUGAGGGUUUUGGGAUCGGUGGGUGAGCCUAUCGCCGCCGAGGUUUGGAAGUGGUAUUUUGAAGUUGUUGGCAAGGAGGAAUCGCAGAUUGUCGACACGUACUGGCAAACCGAGACUGGCUCGAACGUAAUAACGCCCCUGGCCGGCGUAACCCCCACGAAGCCGGGCAGUGCCUCGCUGCCUUUCUUCGGAAUAGAACCAGCCAUCAUCGACCCCAUUUCCGGCGAGGAAAUCUACGGAAAUGACGUUGAAGGUGUGCUGGCGUUUAAGCAGCCGUGGCCUAGCAUGGCUCGGACUGUCUGGGGUGCCCACAGGAGAUAUUUAGAUACAUACCUGAAUGUGUAUCCGGGCUACUACUUUACCGGCGACGGAGCUGGCCGUGAUCACGAAGGAUUCUAUUGGAUCCGAGGGCGAGUCGAUGAUGUCGUCAACGUUAGCGGGCAUCGUCUGUCGACUGCCGAGAUUGAGGCGGCCCUCAUCGAGCACCAUUCGGUAGCCGAAGCCGCCGUCGUCGGCGUCACCGACGAGUUGACCGGCCAAGCCGUCAACGCGUUCGUGGCCAUCAAGAACGGGAACGAAGCCUCGGACGCCUUGAGGAAGGAAUUCAUUCUGCAAGUGCGGAAGAGCAUCGGACCGUUUGCCGCCCCCAAGGCGGUGUACAUCGUACCCGACUUGCCAAAGACCCGGAGCGGAAAGAUUAUGCGCCGUAUCUUGAGGAAGAUUCUGGCCGGCGAGGAGGACCAGCUCGGUGACGUAUCAACGUUAUCGGACCCGUCGGUGGUUGAGAAGAUUAUUGCUACCGUUCACGAAGCUCGGAAGAAGUAAUGGUUGGAUACGGAUAUAAGUGGGUAGGUAGGCGGCUCGAUUGGAGAACACCUGACAGGGCCUUGGAUCGCAAAUGCGGGGAAGGGUCCCAAGACAUCGGAUAAGUUGGAGAAUUAUGAGUAUAGUAUGCUAUUUGACGGCAACAUUGUGGUUUGGCACAGCCACAGAGCGGAGGAAGACGGUACGCCACCGGCUCAGCAGCUAGUGGCGCGCGCCCUUUGGUGUGGAGGCUUUGAGGAAUCGCUCGGCCAAGGGUGGGAUAGUUGCGCUGAUAUGGACGGCGUGUUUUUUAUUGAUUUGUCAGCUUUAGAGCCACCUUAUAUCAGCUUGAUUGUACAUUCCUAUAACGCGGCGGCUUUAACGCCGAGGGUGAUCAAACAGGUCGUGGUUUGCCGUUGGU